AGAAACAGGAAGAAACCAGCUGGUGAAACACAAUCAUACGCUGGCAGGAAAUAUGUGACUAUUUGUCACUCCUUCCCCAGAGAAGAAAAACAGUAGGUGGCAAAUAUUCAGUACCAUCAAGUAUCCAGCAGAGAGAUUAAAACUCCUUUUCUCCAUGCCGGGGUACUCAGAGUUUUACUUCAAUGUGGACCAUGGCUACUUGGAGGGUCUGGUCCGAGGCUUCAAAGCCGGGAUCUUGACAAACGCAGACUAUGUCAACUUAGCAGAGUGCGAGACACUAGAAGAUUUGAAGUUACAUCUACAGACUACAGACUAUGGCAACUUCCUGGCUAAUGAAACUGGCCCUCUCACGAUUUCCACCAUUGAUGAUAAACUGAAAGCCAAACUUCUCACAGAAUUUCAUUACUUUAGAAACCAUGCUUUUGAACCACUUGCCACUUUUCUGAAUUUUAUCACAUACAGCUACAUGAUUGACAACGUAAUUCUUUUAAUAACUGGCACAUUACAUCAGCGGCCCAUAGCUGAACUUGUUCCCAAGUGCCAUCCACUGGGGAGUUUUGAGCAAAUGGAAGCAGUCAGCAUUGCCUCCAGCCCCACCGAGCUGUUCAAUGCCAUUUUGGUUGACACACCACUAGCUGCUUUCUUUCAAGACUGCUUGUCUGAAAACGACCUGGAUGAAAUGAACAUUGAAAUAAUGCGCAACAAACUGUACAAGUCUUAUCUUGAGGCAUUUUAUAAGUUUUGUGAAAAACAAGGUGGUACUACAGCAGAAAUAAUGAGACCUAUUCUUGAGUUUGAGGCAGACAGACGUGCUUUUAUCAUCACCAUCAAUUCAUUUGGCACUGAGCUGAGCAAAGAUGACCGAGAGAAGCUGUAUCCAACCUGUGGAAAACUGUAUCCAGAAGGCUUACACCUGUUGGCCAAUGCAGAUGACUACGAGCAAGUGAAGGCUGUUGCAGAUUGCUAUGCGGAAUACAAGGCUGUGUUUGAAGGUGUAGGGAGUGGCACUGGAGAAAAGACAUUGGAAGAUGCAUUUUUUGAACAUGAGGUAAAGCUGAAUGUGCUUGCAUUCAACAACCAGUUUCACUUCGGAGUAUUCUAUGCCUAUGUAAAGUUAAAGGAACAAGAAUGUAGGAAUAUUGUAUGGAUUGCUGAAUGCAUUUCUCAAAGACACAGAACAAAAAUUAACAAUUACAUUCCAAUUUUCUAAAUCUGAGAAUUUAUAAUCCUACAAUGCCCAAAAAUGAUCCAUUGUUUCAUAGAAAAGAAGAAAAAUCUUAUUUCAAAAGCUAACUCUUAUUAGAUGUUUUAAAUUGUAUUAAUGAUCCUCCUUAUAUACACCAGUGUAAGAAAAAGUAAUGUAAUUAGAGAUGCGAGUAGUUUAUAAGGAAAUAUUUAUGGGCUUAUUCAUAGUUUUUGAUGACAGAUUUGUUCCUCACUGUGUUGUUUUAAUUUAAUGGAUCAAUAAAAACUCCCUGUAAGGCCUCA